AUGCACUCUGCAGAAGAUUCUUCCAAAUCGAAGCGCUGGUCAAAGUAUGUGCGUGAUAUUUACGACCCGGUACAGGUCGGAUCGAUCGAUGGAACGGACCAAGUUCCGCACGAUCGUGCGCUGGUACGCGCCAUUAAUUCCAACUACCGACCGAAUCGGAAGGUGAAAGGCAACCCGAUGCACACGAUCUUCAUCGGUCGAUUGGCACAUUCAGUCACGGAGGAACAGUUACGUUCUAAGUUUACACCCUUUGGCACAAUUGUUCACACUCGGUUAGUCACCGACAUCAUUACCGGGCUUCCUCGCGGGUACGCAUUCAUUGAGUACAGCAGUCGAGAUGAGGCGCUGCGAGCGAUCGACCGAAUGCACGGUGUAAGCAUCGACGGGAAGGAGAUUCUCGUCGAUGAGGAAUGGGAACGACGGCUGGAGGGUUGGAAACCGCGUCGCCUAGGGGGUGGUUUCGGCGGCAGGAAGAAAUCACAGCAGCUACGAUUUGGCUGCAAGGUGCAACCGUUCCGCAGGCCCAUUCUUGAAGCAUCCGGCGGUGGUGUGUCGAGCGUGUGCGAAUGGAAUCGUCGUGUUCGUCAUCGGAAAGAAGGUCCACCACGGUCCACCAGGGACAGUGAUGGGGAGUAA